UUUACACCUGGUGAACAAUCUGCAUCUGUCAUGAAGAUGAUGAUGAUGAUGAUGAAGAUGGUGAUCUCUCUCUGACUGCAGGAAGCUGAAAACACUUUUCUCUGGGAGUGUGUUACCUGUCCUGGUUUGGAGUUACAUUUCUCUUGGUCUUAAAUCUGCGUUGGUUCAAACAGAUGAGGAAUCUGUGCUGGUCUUCUGUUACAGAGAGAAUGAGACCUGGAUCAGCUGCAGUGUUUCUGAUUCUCCUGCUGAACGUCUCCACAGGUCAAACUCUGACAUGUGGUCCAUACGAGUAUGAGACACCUGGUGGAUGCUGUGCUGUGUGUCCACAUGGAAGCUGAAAACACUUUUCUCUGGGAGUGUGUUACCUGUCCUGGUUUGGAGUUACAUUUCUCUUGGUCUUAAAUCUGCGUUGGUUCAAACAGAUGAGGAAUCUGUGCUGGUCUUCUGUUACAGAGAGAAUGAGACCUGGAUCAGCUGCAGUGUUUCUGAGUCUCCUGAUGAACGUCUCCACAGGUCAAACUCUGACAUGUCCUCAAAAACAGUAUCAGAUAAAUGAUAGAUGCUGUCCUAUGUGUCCAGCUGGAGGUCGAGUUUAUGCAGACUGCACAGAGUCCAGAAGUACUGACUGUAAGCCCUGCCCUGAAGGAACCUUUAUGGACCAUCCGACUUCUCGUCCAGUCUGCUACAACUGUAAAAGCUGUGAUGAAGGUUCUGGUCUGAAGAUGAAGACGUCGUGUACGAUAGUAUCAGACACAGUUUGUGAACCUCUGGAAGGAUUUUACUGCUCAGACUCUAGAAAGGACGACUGUGUGGAAGCAAGGAAACACAGACGCUGUAAACCAGGAGAAUACAUCAGAGAACACGGAACUUCCUCCACAGACACCGUCUGCUCGAUCUGCUCUGAUGGAACAUUUUCAAACGGGACGUUUCCAUCUUGUCAGAAACACACACAAUGUGAAUCAAAGGGUCGAGAGCUGCUGAGACCAGGAACUGAGACAGAGGACGCUCAGUGUGGAGGACUACUGUUACACAGGACUGUACUGAUUAACUUCGUUGUUGUUGUGAUGUCUUUAUUCUCUGUACUUUUAGUUUGUUAUCUCGCAUGGUGGAUAAUAAGACUUCUAAUCUCAGAAGUCAUAGCAGCAGUACUCUACUACCAGGUAUGUUUUAAACUCUCUUUACUUUCAAUCUGUUUUAUGUUCAAUGAUUUAUUAAAGUCUCUCUUAUUAAUGUUUUCUGUACAGGAGGGUAUGAAUUCAGGACAAUCAUCUCAGCAGAGUCUGAUGUCAGAUGACUCCAAAGAGUCGAAGGAUGAGACGGUUCAGGAUCCUGUUCUGGUCCAGCUGCUGGAUCCUGACAAACUUUGUUAAUAUCUGUUUAUAUGUAUAUAUGUGUUUAUAUUGAUAUUUAUAUCUAUUUUUUUAUCUGGUCUCGUUUGGUUUUUCUGAGACGAUGAUUGGACACAAACACUUUCAACAGCGUUCCAUCGGCUCUCUCACCAUCAAGUUUCUCUUGCAUUUCUUGUUACUAUUGUAAAAAGGAAUAAAUAAAAAGAUUUGACUUAA